AUGCCAGCACCAGCGCCAGCAUCUUCACCAGCGAUUGCUGAGAGUCCACAAGAGCGGGAGAGAGCAUGGGCCGAUGUUAUAGCCAAAUGGAAGACACUGAUAUUGCUGUCAUUCGACUUGCGCGUCAGUCAGUACGAAGAAGACAUUAGGAAGAAUGAGUCGCAACGUUCGUUCCCUGGCUGGAACUUCAACACAUUCUUUAUGCUCAAGGAAGGUCUCGCCCGGGGUUUCGAAAGUGUCGGCUUGGUCGAAGAUGCGUUACUUGGUUACGAUGAGCUAUCUGUCGGACUGGAUACUGUGAUUCGCGAUCAAGCCAAAGACGAUACCCAAGGCGGAGUCAUCUUGAGUUAUUCAGAAGAUCUCUACGAAAAGGCCAGUCACGUACUUGAGCAGGUGCAAGAAGAAGGCAGUACUGCUCACAAUCUGCAUGAUGACAAGCCAAUUAGUGCGCACAAAAAGGACUACCGGGAUCUGAUUCUCAACAACAACAUUUCGGUCUUUGACUUUAGGUCAUAUGUUCUGCGAGAGACGGCUACUUCAUCGUUGCCAUUCACACGCUACUCAAAAGAUGCCACCAGUGGGUCUUCGGGCAAAAGUCUGUCAUUUGGAGGUCGAGGCCGAGAGCAGAAGCUACAAGUCUCGGAGCAAAAGUCCAUGAUCCAUCCGUCUCGUUCGUCGUCGUUGAACCAUGGACGUUCAUCAGCGGAACCACCAUAUGCCCAGCCAACAGCGGCCAGUCAGGUCGUGUUCGACAAUGGGCAUUACAACGACCGUCCAGCUCCGACUCAGGAAAGCACAUUACCCCAAUCCAAGAACGGUCUGCAAGAGCUUGCUGGUACACGAGCACAACUAGUGGUUGUUCAGCGGCGGGUGCUCGAGCAAGUUGGCAAAGCCUUGGGCUGGAAUAUUGGCUGGGCCGCAGUACUCUCGGGGACGGAUGACCACGAAGAGCUUAGUGAUGUGGACCUUGAAGAGGAUGAGAAGAGCACCACGGACGAGGUGGCAUCAGAUGAUGAAAAGCCUUCAAAACUAGCCACGCCGACAUCUGGUAUCUCUGCGAGCGCACUGCUCAGCGCGGCUUCGUCAAUUGAACAGUUUCGUCAGGCUUAUGAGGGCCUGAGCGAUUUGAUCGUCAAGCACUAUAUGGCGGCAGGUCAGAACAAGUCCGCGGAAAGCGUACUGGGAGAUCUGGCUGCCCUACGAUUUGAGCUCGGCGACUUUGCAGCUGCAUCUGCGUAUUUUGGUCGCAUGGCGUCACUCUUCGCCGAGAGCCGCUGGAAUACGGUGGAGACUACCAUGCUCAAAAUGCACUCCCAAUGCUUGAAAAAGCUCAACCGUAAGGACGAGUAUGUCCGGACGCUACUAGAUCUCUUGGCAAAAUCUGCAGCAAGCAGAAUGUCCUUCAAAACCACCUCGAGGCGAGCUGAUGCCAACGACAUUUCUGAUAUGCCUCGCGAUUGGCUCAACGACGACAAGGUCGACACUGUGGGUAUCUUCAAUGAGCUCAUUGCCUUUUCCCAACAGCUUCCCUACGAUGUUACCGUCAAAAUGCCCAAGUACUUUGGGGAUAUCAUGGUCGAGCCCUAUGUACGCCAUUACGAUGAGAGGGACGGCUUUCAACUUCGUCUACAAUUUCGACAUAUCCUUGAGGAUGAGAUAGAGAUUAAGUCAGCAAAGGUGCGACUGGUCAGUGCCGACUCGUCCCAAAUCAAAGACGUUUGGCUGGAAAGCUCCAAUCCUCUGAAGCUCAAAAAAGGAUUGACCAAAAUGUGGCUGGGCUGCAACGUCAACACUAUUGGGCCAUAUAUGGUCGACAAGAUAAUGCUGGAAGCGAAGCGCAUCGUCUUCGUGCAUGAGCCCUUCACCAAAGCUGAGGCAUCGACACCCCUUGGUAUCAUCACUUCGGUGUCUGCCCAUUCACUCAAGGCCGCAAAGAAAGCGCGCAUUCUGUGUUUUCCCCGCGUGGAGUCUUUUAAUGCACGCAUCUACCUAUCACAUUCUAUCCACAUUGACAAAACGCGCCACAUCGAAAUCGAAUGUACCAGUGGUUGGAACGAAAUCACCCACGCAGAGGUGAGGCUAAAGUCAGCAUCAGCUGGCCUGCGCUUACGAUCCGCAAACGCAAGUGUGGCUUCUGGCAAUGUGUCCAUUGCGGAUAAGACCAAGCCUGGCGUCGUCACAAUCGGACCUCUAUCUGCAGACUCAUCAGCUACGCUCAAGAUUCCAUACGACAUGGAGACCAUACUUCAAGACUUAAACAUCAAGAUUGAAGUCGAUUACUUCACUGAGCAUGGGCAGUCGAAGUACUUCUCAUCCUGCACAAUCCCAGUGGACUUGCCGCUGGACGUAAACGUGCACGACCACUUCAAGCAAGAUACUUUGCUCUCGAAGUUUAACAUCAAGACUGCGAAUCACAUACCGCUUCAGCUGUUCGGUGUAAAUUUGGAAAGUUCGGGAGAGUUUCAAGUCCAGGCUGCGCAAAGAUCGAGAGCCCCCAGCUACGUUUUCGCCAAGCAACCAGUCGCCAUCACUUACAAGAUUGAGAAGAAAGCCACUGAGGUCACUGAACGGCGAAAGAGCAAGUCGACCGCCACAGGAAGCCUCGCGCUAUCUGUUGAGUAUCGCUGUCUCAAUGAAGAUGUGCAAGACCGAUUGGGCGAAAAGUUCAAGUCGGAUGUUGCACAAGGCCCUGCUCAUCGUCUUGGUCGGUUGCUCACUGAUACUUUUGUACAUCGACUCGAGCACAAGAUCCUUCCGCAUCAGUAUGAAAGGAUCGCGCUUCUGGAAAAAGUGGACAUGGGUGCUUUUGAAGACAUGGACUGGUCUGAGUGCGUCGACAGCCUGCCCGAGGUUAUUCGCCCAGACACUCAAGCCUGGUUGCAAAAAUGGCACGAGGUAAGCAAAGUUGAGCAUCAGCGUCGCUAUAAAACACUAACCAAGUACGAUACAGUCCAAUAA